AUGACUGUGCCCCAUAUGGGGACAAGCGUUGCCAUCGACAACCCUGCCGACAUCAUCGUCAUCGUCGGCUACUUCCUGAUGGUCAUCGGCGUGGGGAUCUGGUCCAUGUUCCGGACCAAUCGUGGGACAGUGGGUGGUUACUUCCUCGCAGGUCGGACCAUGGUGUGGUGGCCGGUUGGUGCCUCUCUGUUUGCCAGCAACAUUGGCAGCGGUCACUUUGUGGGCCUGGCUGGGACAGGGGCGGCCAGCGGCAUCGCUGUCGGGGGGUUUGAAUGGAAUGCAUUGUUUAUCGUGCUGCUGCUGGGCUGGCUAUUUGUACCUGUCUAUCUCACAGCUGGGGUCAUCACCAUGCCCCAGUACCUGAAAAAGAGGUUUGGAGGGGGGCGGAUUAGUCUCUACCUCUCAGUCAUCUCUCUUUUCCUCUACAUCUUCACUAAAAUUUCUGUGGACAUGUUCUCGGGAGCAGUCUUCAUACAGCAGGCCCUGGGCUGGAAUAUCUAUGUGGCUGUCAUCGCUCUGCUGUCUAUCACAGCACUCUACACUGUCACAGGUGGCCUGGCAGCUCUGAUGUACACUGACACAGUCCAGACCUUUGUCAUUAUUGCUGGGGCCUUUGUCCUCACUGCGUUUUCCUUCAUUGAGGUCGGAGGGUACAACGCCCUGCUGGAGAAGUAUCAUGACGCCCUCCCGUCUGAAAGGCAGUCCCGGGAACCCGAGCGCUACAACAUCUCGGCGCGCUGCUACACCCCUCGGGCCGACGCUUUCCAGCUGCUCCGCGACCCCGUGGAGGGGGACCUGCCCUGGCCCGGGGUGCUGUUCGGAAUCGCCAUCGUGGGCGGGUGGUACUGGUGCACUGACCAGGUGAUUGUGCAGCGCUGUCUGGCGGCCCGCAGCCUGACCCAUGUGAAGGCAGGUUGCAUCAUGUGCGGGUACCUGAAGCUGCUGCCCAUGUUCCUCAUGGUGUUCCCCGGCAUGAUCAGCCGGGUGCUGUACCCCGAGGAGGUGGGCUGUGUGGUUCCAGAAGUGUGCAAGGAAGUGUGUGGGACUGAGGUUGGCUGCUCCAACAUCGCCUACCCCAAGCUGGUGGUGUCCAUCAUGCCCGACGGCCUGAGGGGUCUGAUGCUAGCAGUCAUGCUGGCCGCUCUGAUGAGCUCUCUGGCCUCCAUCUUUAACAGCAGCAGCACCCUCUUCACCAUGGACAUCUGGACCCGCAUCAGACCCCAGGCCCGGGACCGGGAGCUCAUGAUCGUGGGCAGAGUGUGGGUUCUGUGCAUCGUGUCUAUCAGUAUCUGUUGGAUCCCCGUGGUCCAGGCUGCCCAGAGCGGUCAGCUGUUUGACUACAUCCAAUCGGUCACCAGUUACCUGGCCCCACCCAUCGCCGCAGUCUUCUUCCUGGCAGUUUUUGUGAAGAGGGUCAACGAGCCGGGGGCAUUCUGGGGUCUCAUAGGUGGCCUGUUCAUGGGUUUGUGUCGGAUGGUGCCGGAGUUCACAUUCGGGUCGGGGAGCUGCAUCUUCCCCUCGAACUGCCCCUCUCUGGUGUGUGGAGUUCACUACCUCUAUUUCGCUGUGCUGUUAUUCUUCUGCACUGCCGCCCUGGUGCUCAUCGUGAGUUACUGCACCCCAGCGAUACCUGACAGAAACCUGCACCGUCUGGUGUUCAGCCUACGGCACUCUAAGGAGGUGAGGGAAGACCUGGACUGGGAGGAGGAGGAGAGAGCGAGGAGAGCACGGAGAGAGGCGGCGGAGAGGAGCCAGGCCAGGCUGGAGGAGGAAAAGGAGGCAGAGCGGCCCCAGUCCUGCAUCGGCCGCCUGAUUGGCUGGUUCUGCGGCGUAAGCUCUGUUCAGGCUCCUGAGCCCACCGAGCAAGAAGUCAAGGAGGCGUCCGACCAGAUGCCCGAUAUCAGCGAGGACCCCGUCUGGAAACACGUCGUCAAUGCCAACGGCAUCAUCAUGAUGACUGUUGCCGUCUUCAUGUGGGGAUACUACUCUUAG